UCUCAUUGUCAAAUUGUAUCGUUUUCGCGAAUUUUUACGAAAAGUAAACAAUAUAAAUUUAAAUCGUAUUCAUUAAUAAUUAAGUAACAGUAAGAAGGCAAAAUGUCGGCCGACGUACGUGAUAUUCUGGACAUGGAGCGUGCCAAUACGCCCGAAGUGACAAAGGAUUCCUUUCUUGCAACAAAAAAGCGCAACUUCGAACGCACCAAACAUGCCUCUCGGCGUCCCGAGGGCAUGCACCGCGAGGUGUUCGCCCUGCUCUACACAGACAAGAAAGAUGCCCCGCCGCUGCUGCCCACAGACACGGCACUGGGCAUUGGUGGCGGCUACAAGCAGACCAAGGCGCGGCUGGGGAUGAAGAAGGUGCGCAAGUGGGAGUGGGCGCCGUUUGCCAACCCGGCGCGCACCGAUUCAGCCGCCUUUCAUCACUGGAAAAGGGUCAGCGAUGAUUCGGGAGAGUAUCCGUUUGCCAAUUUCAACGUACAGCUGGAAAUCCCCUCCUACACCAUGACGGAGUACAAUGCGCACUUGAGGAACAACAUAACCAACUGGAGCAAGGUGCAGACGGAUCAUCUGUUUGACUUGGCAAGACGCUUUGAUCUUCGCUUUAUCGUGAUGGCGGAUCGUUGGAACCGUCAGCAGCACGGGGACAAAACUGUGGAGGAGCUCAAGGAGCGGUACUAUGAGGUCGUGGCGCUGCUAGCCAAGGCCAAGAAUCAGACCAUAGAGAAGAAAAUAUAUUCGUAUGAUCCGGAGCACGAGCGGCGCCGCAAGGAGCAGCUUGAGAAACUGUUCAAGCGCACCACCCUGCAGGUGGAGGAGGAGCAGAUGCUCAUUAAUGAGAUGAAGAAGAUCGAGGCUCGCAAAAAGGAGCGUGAGCGCAAAACGCAGGAUCUACAAAAACUCAUCUCGCAGGCGGAUCAGCAGAAUGAGCAUGCAUCCAGUACGCCCAGCACUCGCAAAUACGAAAAGAAACUGCACAAGAAGAAGGUGCACCAUCAGCCGCGACCCUCGAAGGUGGACUCGGUGGUGAAUGCAAUCGAAAUAGGCAGCAGCGGCAUCAAGUUUGCCGAUCUGCGUGGAUCUGGGGUCUCGUUGCGGUCGCAGAAGAUGAAGUUGCCUGCCAACAUUGGUCAGCGUAAGGUGAAGGCUCUCGAGCAGGCCAUACAGGAAUUCAAAGUUGAUCCCGCGCCACCGCCCACCGAGGAUAUAUGCACAUCCUUUAACGAGCUGCGUUCCGACAUGGUGUUGCUUUGUGAGCUGCGCACGGCCCUGUCCACCUGCAUCUACGAGAUGGAAAGCCUAAAGCAUCAGUACGAGGCUGCUUGUCCGGGCAAGACGCUGAACAUACCGCCCUCGAUGGUGCCCCUCAAGACGGAAACCGUGGACAAUAGCACAAAUUAAUUAAGUUAGCACUCUCCGUUACCACGUAGAUCUAAUGCUGCCCCAGUGGCUGGCUGCUCCUGCCAAUGAUGCCGCCGACCAAGCAGACGUAGCAUUCGUAGCAUACGUACCAUACGCAGUUGACGUAGACGUGUGUGCGGCGUGCUAAUCAUUGUAACCCGUUUUCCACUGUCCAUAUUUGUGCAUUGCGCUACUCCCAGUCCGCUUGGGGAAUAAAUGGAUAAACAA